AUGGCUGAUGAAGAUGAUGAGGGUGGCUUUGGAGGUUUGUACGAAGAUGGCCAUUGGGUUUGGGACGAAGAAACUGAAGGUUUAGUUUUCGUGAGCGAUUUGCCACCGAAACAGGUAGAGAUAAUUCAAAUACCUACUAAAGCACCCACAGGGACAAUAGAUUUUAGAGAUGACGUUGAUUUAAUCGAACAGAUAAGAUUUCGUCGGCGCUAUCAAAGAAAAUUAAAACCUGGACAAGCAGAUGUCAUUACUGUACAGGAUGUGAAGGACAUAGCUUUGUUUACAGCACCAGUAAAUAUUUUAAGUCCCGUGUUAAUAAACAUGCUACAUCUACCUACUACAGAGAGAUUUAUAAGAGCGCUAGUGCUUUGCUGUCAGUAUUAUUUACAGAUUGCCAAUGAAAUGGCAGAUCGUAUAAUAAAACUUGAGAGUAAAGUAAGAACACCGCAAUGUGAGAUUGUCGAAAGCGAGUUUCGUGACAACUUGUCCGAUUUAAGGCUUCUAGUCGCAAAAGAAUAUAGCACGAUGCUUAUUGGUGGAGGUGAUACUAAAAAAUUUCAUCACAUGGGCCCACAAAAAAAACGAAGAUCUCUAUCGGAUAAAGAUGCAAGAUUUUUCGAAACAUUGCUACGUAUGUGCGUUCAAAUUGUGUGGCUGGCCUUAGGGCGAAAGGCUUUCAAUCAGAUAGAGUUGGAAGUGAAUAGAAUGUUCAAAUCUGAGAUAUUUAAUGCUGUGGAGCAUACACUCAAGACGGGAUAUAUAUCAAAAAUGGUAAAAGAAGAACGCCAAGUUCUGUUGGGGAAGUGCGUUCGUCAAGAUAAGAAGUUAAACACUCGUUCGCCGCUCAUGAACGAGGUGUUCUGCCAUCGCCAGAUCGACUACCGUAUGAUGGGACUUGGUGUUAUUAAAUGUCAACAGUAUGUUGUUUGUUGUAAUGAAAAUUCAGUAAAUCCUCGUAUAUUAUAUAUGCUACAAGCUGUAGCCGGUCCAGAGGAGAAAUUGUCAGAACUGGGUAUUGUUCUUGGUAUCAUCGGGAUGCCUCGCAAUGUUUUCGAUACAAUGCUACGCCCUCUACCGACGGGUGGCGAUACCACCAAAUCCAGAGCUUCUGUAUCCACUCAAAGCUAUGGUUCAAACAAGAGUGCUGUUAGUGCCGGUUCAAGGAAAAGUCAGCUGUUUUUGCCAACUCUCUAUCCAAAUAUUGUACUUCCAGCGAAGGAAUCAGAAUUAACGUAUUUUCCUUCACAAUUCUCCGACGAAACUGAAGUUAUUCGACCCUGCAGUGAAACUCAAAGACGGCGUUGGCAGAACAGACUACAGAGACUUUUACAUCCACACUAA